AUGGGAAAUCUAUUGUCAAGAGGUGAGGGAUGAAAAAGGGAUCCGUGACAAUUGAGAAGCUUGGGGUAUGAGAUAGUGAAAUUUAAUAAAGAAAUGCAGGCUGAUGAGUUUAGAGGGGUUGCAUAUAGAAGUCCAAGUGUAAGUUAUGAGAUGCAAGAUAGAUGGAAUGAAAUGAUUUAUAAAUAUAGGUUUUUGCAAGAAUAA